CAAACCACCCACAUCAACAUGACUCGACCCAAAGACAAGCUCGAUAGACACGUUUCAGACAACACUUAAGCGCGCCGCGCAGAAAUGAAGCACUUCAGCGACGUUCCCGAGGAUGGCGACAAUUGCCGCACGGACAGUUUCUUAUGUCAGCCAACAGAACAUACAGUGGCAACACCACAAUGGAGAGUGAUUCAAGACGACAUACAAUUCGAAAACCACGCAGCUGAAAGACAGUCGAUCACAGGAAUCGACCUGCAUCUGGCAGAAAUUGACCCUCCCAUAGGCCAGCAGCCUCAGUGAUACAUAAUGGGGAGGCCCAAUUGCCGCCGCAGCCCACGAGUCACAGCAAGCGCAAGCGAAAUGAAGACGAAAUUGAGGAAAUCUCAGCUCGUCUAACGAUACUCCGGAAAAGUCUAGAAGAUGGCCGGAGCUUUCGUACUCCAGAGCAAACGUCUGGCACGCAAGAUCAACCUCCGAGUAGCUCGAACGUAGCUGCCUUGCCGGUGACGAGCAACGACGGGAAUGAAGAACGUCCUCUAGCUGGAGACACAGAUUCGCAGUCGGAUCCCCACGUUCGCGACAUGCUACCCAGUUUGGCCGGGCUUGUCGAUGACGAUGGCGAGGGAACUGACAGGCGACGCGAAACAUCACGCAUCGAGGAAGCAGAGAAUGAAGAAGCUUCAGAUGACGAUGACGAAAGUACAGUCAUCAUUGUUGAGCGCGAAAGGUCUCUUGAGAACAAGGAGCAGGAAAAGAAGAGCAGGCAGCAAGGUCACCGCGGGGAAACCAGGAGGCAAAUGCGCAAACGUCUGCGCAGGGAGAGGGCAUUGGCAAGAACCCCAGCCGAGAAUGAAGCUCUUAGGCAGAACCGCAUCCAAGAGCGCAAGAAGAAGAAGGAGGCCAAGGCCCAUGCGGAAAUGCUUGAGAGGUUCGUCAAUGAUCAAAAAGAGGACAAACUGGCAAAGGCCGCGGCUGAAGCCAAAGCCAAAGAUAAAGACGAAGAUGUGAGGAAGAAGCGCCGUCAAGAGCAAAAGGAGAAGGAAGAGAUGAAAUUGAUGAUGGCGGCGUCACAAAAGGAAACCCUUAGACAGAAGCGCAUCCAAGAGCGCGGCGAGAGGAGAUUGGCAAGGGCCGAGGUCAAUUGGCAGGCUGAAUGAUGGUGGAAGAGGGCUCAGGGUGAACAGUCAUCGUAUUCUCAUGUGCCGUCGGUGCAAGUUCUACGCUGGAUAGACAGCAGCUUGCCAGCGUGAGAUGAGUGGUAGCAUCCAGCGCACUGGAGAACAGGACCGUGAUCAGAAAUCCACACAGCCAACGAUCUACCAUGGCAGCUUUGGGCGAUGUUUGGCGACUAAGCAAUAUUGCUGGCAUCUUUCAACGUUUCUUAGCAGUAGGACUCUCACGCGAUUGCACACAGACAAGCUCUCAUUCCUUGACUGGACCGCUCUUACGUAGACUGCAGUAGGCGCC